GCGCCCAGCAUGGCGGCCGGUGGUGGUGGUGGUAGUGGUGUCUGGGUAGGCCGCAGCGAGGUCUAGAGCCUGUCUUUCCACCAUGCCUAAGUACUAUGAGGAUAAAGAGGAGGACGGACAGGCCUGCGGGGGAGUGAGGGAGGACUUGCGGCACUGUCUGCUGGAGAGCCCCUGUGUCCUGCAGGAAAAUAAAAGCCCGAAGCAGUGCUUGAGGGAAGGACACUGUAGAAGUUUGCAAAUGACGUUUUUUGCAUGCAAAAGAUCGAUGUUGGAUACCAGGGCAAGAUUCAGAGGAAGGAAAGGAUACUGAAGUCCCCAUGAAGAGACACGCCGUGGGAAAUCAGGGCUCAUCAGCACUUUACACAAAACAGAGACUAAAGGAAGAAGACUACCUGCUGCAUCCUUUUAUACAGUAAUUUUGUGGAAGGUACCCAAUCCUGAAUAUUCCAAUAGAUUGACUUGGAUGUGCCUUUGAAUGUUAAAAUGAAGGCAAGUGUAGAACUGCAAGUUCUGGCCAAAAUGGGGACUUGUCACGCACUUGCAAUAAAAUACAUAAAAUCCA